UUGGUAAAGCAAAAACACACCACGUGUUCGAAACACAUUAGAAACCAUUCAGACCUUUUCCACAAACUGAUCAUGCCGCGAGAGCGCGAAAGAAAAUGAAAACGGUGUGGGCAUCCCCACACGCCACCGUAAUGCUGUCUCCCCGCCAAAUGGGAAACGGGGCCCGUUUAAGCACACUCCGGGCAGUGGGAAUGAGACGGAAAGCUGCACCACACGCAAUGCCGGUGUUGGCCUAACCUGGGGAAGGGGUAAACACAACCACCAACCACCAGCGCUCAGCAGCAAAAACGGCGACGGCAGCCGAUGAUGAUCAUGAUUUAAAAUUUAAUUCAUUUUCAAAUCAAGCGAUCAUUCGAUCUGCAACAGCAUAACAAUACGCAAGCAGACACUUUUCCUGUCGAUCGGCCGAAAAGGGGGCAAGAAAAGGAAGCAAGAAAGGAUAAAACGACGCGCUAAGGACGGGUGUGCGAAUAUUCGCGUGCGUGCGUUUUUUUGUACGUUUUUCCUCGAGUGUCCUGUGGAUAUUGAUGUGUGAUGGUUUAAGUUGUUUUUCCAUUUUGCAAGUGCUAGGUUUUGGCAGCUAAAAAACGAAAAGAAAAUAGUGUGUCACCCGUAGUUGAGGAACGGCUUUGAACGUUAUGCGUUACCGUCAGCGAAAACUGGAUACAUUAGCCGAGCGAAGUGAAUUCCCAUAAGGUGCACCCGUGCAGCCGUUACAGUAACGCAGCAGUUAGCAGCUAAUUAUUUUUAAGAUUAACACAAUAAGCGCCGUAAAUCACAACUGCGAUGCGCCGCAACCGAGUGUGGCCGUGUGCUGUGUUGCUGAUUGUUGUCUGCGCGGAAGCGACCGAUGCUCACGGGCAUGGUAGCGUGGAAACGUUGCUAGCGCAUGACAUUACAUCGAACGAAGCACCGAGGGAUGAUUUCAAUAACGAUUUAGCUCGAAACUUUCACUCGCCACGGUUGGAAUACAACGAAUGGUUGCCGGUAGGACGAGGUGAUCCACUGAAGAAUGAUCCAACGUACGACUACAGUCCACCGGUGUUGGACCGAGUGCGCUACUGGUCAGACGGCGCAAAGGAUAAAACAUCCGGCAACGACAUCCUGCUGUUGGGCGUGCCGUCAAAAAAGACGAUCGGCGUCACCAAGGAAUGGAACAGUUUGCCCGUGCGCCGUAAUUACUACUCGGCGGCACAUCAACAUCAUGCGGUUGCAGGUCCGAAUCAAUUGCCCCAUACCGUACUGAUGCCACCACCGCUUAACAACUAUCCUGCCGGGAUAGAAGGGGCUGGAUUCUGGGGUGGUAGUACUUCCGCCUCUCAACGAGUCGAUACACAACCGGGAGAUGGUUUCAAAUACCGUCCUGCAAGCUCCUAUCAAGGACAAUUCGCUGCUGGCAAGCCACAUCCGGAGCCACCCAUUUCUCAACCCAUUACGGCACAAUUUCAUCAUCAUCAUCAACCACAGCUGCAGGGUGGUAGUGGGUUCAACCGCCAACAACAACCGUACGUCACGACGAUUCGUCUAACAACCCCGGCCGGUGACACUGUAAAGCGACCGCUACUGAAGACAAUUCUACAAAAUGAGCAUUCCUAUCCGUUCACUAAAACCGCUAUGAGCAGUACGGUGACCGAGUACACUUCCGGUGGGUUCUACGAUGCACAAAAUAUCAACGCCAUGGCCCAAACGAUCUUUCAUCCUCCGCAAACCACUGAGUACCUUCAAUCGCAACCGCUGCAGCAAAGCAUUAAUACGGCCCCGAAAUUAAAUAAAGAUAUUCGUACCCAACAUGUCACGCAUGCCGGUCCGUUUGUAACACCAGUAAGUACUCACCUGCCAACUAUGAUGUCGACAACGACCACGCGAAGCCCGACAAUGACGGUACCGAGCACAUCCAGCACAACACACACUAUGGUAACGACACAGCCUACUCCACCAGCCAUGACGACCGAUUCGAUUUUUUCACACUACAAACAACCAGCGACUCCGGAACGUUGGUCACCGUACCUUAUCAUCGAGGGCCACUCCAAGGUUAAAACCUAUGGUUUAAACACAAACGAUACACUAAUGCAACUGCCGCGUAUGGUUCCGGUUGCUAGCACGAAAGAUCCGAUCGUACGUCAUGUGGUUAACCGGGAUCCGGAAACCGGAGCCGAACUGCGCGUAACGCACAUCGCUACUAAACGCCCUCCAGUGUACGAGGUGCACACGGAAGCGGGUCCUCGACCUGUGAAAAACAAUGACUUAGUAAAGCUGCAACAAGAUGGUGGGCCAAUCAACACACUACUCACACUGCUCGAUGAAGCUUCCUAUGACGAUAUGCUGAAGGUGGAAGGAACCGCAGAAAACGCACUGGAUGGUAGUGCGGCCACUUCCGCCAGUAAGGAUAGCAAAACGCGUCGAAAUGUUCGCGUCACGAGACAAAUUUACCGGCUCGAACGGCCAUGAUGCGCCGGUACGACGCGAUAGAUACAAAGCUAUCCUUUUGCACCCCUUUUCCCCAAAUGCGACACAAGCAGCACAAUCUCAAUGGCCAUAUACUUACUGCAAAGAUAGAACUACUUUCACUAUUACUGCACAUGAAAUAAAUCGAACAAAACAAAACCAUAGUUUAGAAAACCGACGCCACCGACCGCGGUGAUAACAGAGAGAUCAACACAAACUAAACGUCAUCGUCUCGUUACUGCGCUUAGUAUGCGCUUGAUUAGCCAGUUACGAGUUUUAUCUGCACAAAGAUCAUC